AUGUAAAAUAAUGCAAUCUCGAAUUCCCUUUAUUUUAAUAAACACAGUCAUUUCAAAUAAAAUAUUUAUCGAGGAUAUUUUGUCUUUAAGAAUGCUAACUUUAGCAUUUUAGAAACAAGAAAUAAAUUGAGAUAUGAUAGCAAACAUUCUGAACCUGAAGAAUAAGUCUUUGUUUCAAAUUCAGUCUAAUAAAUACCAAGUUAGAGAAGAAUAACUUAUGAUAACAAUAAUAUUGAAGAUUCAUAAAUUUAAUAAGUUGAUAAAAAAGGAAUAAAUAAACGAUGUACUACUAAUCUUAAACUUAUGCAAAAAGAAUAAUAAAUAUUACCAUAAUUAUCAUCUACUUAAUAAGUUGUUAGAAUGAAAUUACAAAGUCGUUAAUUAAAAGCUAAACCUAUUAUUAAGAAACAAAAAAGUUUAGAACAUGCAAUACAACUACGUUAUUUAAAUAAAUAAUAUGAAGAAUUACAAAAAGGUAUUAUGAUUAAAUGUCUCUAUAUUAAUAUUAAUAAUAGAGAGGAAUACUUGGAUAAAGUUAUUAUUUUGAAUUUUGAAAGUAUAUUACAAUUUUGAUUGAUUUAGAUUUAUUAUUGCAAUCAAAAAGAAACUUUUGGGAUCAUAAAACUGAUUUAAAAAUCUGUCAUUCAUUUUUAAUAGGUAGUGUAAUUGAACAAUGUGAUAGUCCUUAUUGUCCAUGUACACUAAGAAGUGAUCUCAAAAAUACUCUAAAAAUGUAUAAUAUAUUCUUAUUUUAUAUUUUAUUUAGACUUUCAAAAGCUUAUCUAAUAGUUUUCCUAUUUACUAGUUAGACAUUUGCAUUAGUAUGGUAAAAAUACUUAUCAGAUAAUGGUUACAUUUAUGAUGCAAUUUAUAUAUCUAAAUAAUAAUCUCCAUAAAUAGAAUGUGGAGGUAUUAAACUAAAUAGAUUAUUAAGAGAUUUUAGCAAAUUUAAAAUAAUUAAAAUACUAAUUUUUGAUUCAAUUGAUAUCUCAAAUACAUUUCCUAAAAUAUCUCCUGAUUAAUUUCAAUAUCGAUUACCAAUAUAUGGAACAGAUGUUGAAACAAUAUUGUUCAUCUUUUAAUAAAUAUAAAAUCCAAAAUAAUUUGAUUCCAAAGUUAUUUUUGAUAUUUGCACUUCUUUAUAUAAUGAUUAAAAUGUUAUUAUAAGUAGAAAACCUAUAACAAUUUUAUCUAUAGAUCUAAGUUAGGCAUAUAAUUACUUUAAUUAAAAAGAAGAAUUACUAUAAGAUAAAUUAUAAAUUUUAUCUAAAUUAUCUACAAUAUAAAAAGAAUUCAAUAAAAAUAUUAUACAAUUCGAUUCCAGUUUACUAUAAGAAUAAGAAGAUUAAGUAUAUAAGUGGGUUGAUAUUACUCGUAAUAGAGUUUUAGAUUAAAUUAAGUCAAAAUUUUAAGAAAAAAUACCUUUAUUACAUUUUACAGUUGGAGACUUAAUUGUUAGAAAUCAUAAAUUCAAAACAUUAUAUUUUAAUUAUCCUCAAUCAUAAUUAGUUUAAAAAGAAACAUAAUUAAAUAAAAAAAUCAUUAAAAUAGAUACAGAAACUUCAGGUUAUUAAAAUAAAUAAAAAAAUCAAUAAUUAAUAAACUGCUUUCUAUGUGUAGAAUGA